GCCUUGUGGUCCAGUCCAGAACCCGUCACCAACAUUCCCUGGUGUCCAGCUCUGUGACAUCACAGCCUCCUAUCCUCUCUGCCAGCAACAAGUGAGUGAGGCUCAAAGGAAACAGCCCUGCCUGGUGAACACAAAUUCAGCACCAACGGUUCCACUGCAGACAAAGCUGGCAGAGUAAAGUCUUCAACUCCUCUCUAUGGCAACACACCAAAACCUGGCCUCAAAGAUAUUCUGUUUAUGCUGUCGGGAUUGUGAGGAAGCUGUCAUUGAGAGCUCCAAGGAUCCUAGACAAACCGAAGGGAGCCAGCCACCAACCUACAGUUCGCAGUCCCAGAAGAAUGAGUUAAACAAACAAAAUCCCAAGCACACUAAUGCACAGUCCUUCUUUGGUCAAGAAAAGAGGUACUCUUCCAGCAGCAGUGAUUUUGAAGAUAUUAACAUAAGUGGUCAUCAAAAGGAUUUUCAAAAGAGACUUUCACACAACUGCUCUGACAACUGGCCAGUGUUUAAGGCAUGUGACCUUAGGAAACCCUGAAGGUUCUAGGGGCAACAUCCUGUAGGUUCUGAGCUGUGCAGCUGCUGGAAGGUCUCCAGACAAUGAAGAAGGCAGUGGACAGGAGUCAUGAAGACUGAUUCAAAAACUCUACCUCAGGAGGAGAAGAGGUCUGAGCUGUUCCUAUGCCACCAGCAUGAGUCACUCCAGCUCCUGACACAGCCGGGGAGGGGGGCUGCUUGCAAUUAAAGUCCUUAGUCGCAUCA